UUUACGGCGAUGCUUUCCUCGUGGGCAGCGUGAGAGCAGCCUGAAUGAAACACAGGCUGCAGCGUUGCACGACAGAAAAGGUAGCUUCUGGUUACAAACUUUGGACCAAUCAGGACGCCGCUUUGCCUUCCUGCAGCUGGAGCUACAGAAGUUCAACCUGGACCACUGCAAGGAGAAACUAUCUGCUCUAAAUUCAAACUGACAAUGCUUACCCACUUCCGCUGACAUAUCUGAUAGCCAACUAAUUGUUACUGAAAGAAUCAUUUCCGAGAAAUGACAAUGUUGGGUAUGUACGUGCCCGACAGAUUUUCUCUGAAAUCGUCAAAGGUCCAGGAUGGAAUCGGUCUUUACACGGCGAGGCGAGUAAAAAAGGGGGAAAAGUUUGGCCCUUUCGCAGGUGAGAAAAAGCUGCCUAGUGAGCUGGAAGAAAGCUCGGACACCAGGCUUAUGUGGGAGGUCCGUGGCAGUAAAGGAGAUGUGCUGUAUAUUCUGGAUGCUAGUAACCCACGCUAUGCCAACUGGCUGCGGUUUGUCCAUCAGGCGCCUUCACAAGAGCAGAAGAACUUGGCAGCCAUACAGGAUGGAGAAAACAUCUUUUACCUGGCUGUGGAUGACAUAGAGACAGACACAGAGCUCCUGAUAGGCUACCUGGACAGUGAUAUGGAGGAGGAGGAGGAGGAGGAAGAGGAAGAGGAGGAGGUCACCAAAGAUGAAGAUGAAAACAGUAAAGAUGCCAAACAUAUUGUUGAAAUGGAGCUAGUUAUAAAGAAAGAGGACCACCCCUGCUUGCUGUGUGAGAGCAGUUUUCCCAGUGAGGAGAUCCUGGCUGCGCACCUCCAGAGUCUGCACCAGAGGCCCUGCACAGAGGAGAAGGACUUCAAAUGCAGAAACUGUGGCAAAAAGUUCCCCAUCAAGCAGGCUCUGCAGCGCCAUGUUUUGCAUUGUUCUGAGUCACUGGAUCCAUCAGGUGACACUAAAGCGCACCAGUGCUCCCUUUGCCACAACACGUUCAGCUCUGAAUCAAGCUUUGAACAGCAUAAGGAAGCAUGUAAAGGAGACGCCCGGUUCAUCUGUAAAGCAGAAAGCUGUGGCAAAAGAUUCAAGAGCAAAGAUGCCCUGAAGAAGCAUAAAGGAAAUGUUCACACAGGGAGCGCACGUCGAAAACUCACAUGCACCAUAUGCAACAGAAAAUGCUCCUCUUCUCUGAAUCUACAGGAACACAGAAAGGUACAUGAAAUAUUUGACUGCCAAGCAUGUGACAAGAAGUUCAUUUCUACAAAUCAGCUUAAACGCCAUAUGAUCACACACUCAGAGAAGCGACCAUACACCUGUGAGAUCUGCAGCCGCUCUUUCAAGCGUCUGGACCAGGUGACAGCUCAUAAGAUCAUCCACAGUGAGGACAAACCUUACAAGUGCAAGCUGUGUUGGAAAGAGUUUGCUCACCGCAACGUCUACAAGAAUCACAAGAAGACCCACUCAGAGGAAAGGCCCUUCCAGUGUGAGGAGUGCAAAGCUCUGUUCCGCACCCCUUUCUCCCUACAGCGUCACCUGCUCAUCCACAACAGUGAGAGGACAUUCAAGUGUGACCAGUGUGACUCCACCUUCAAGAGGAAGGACACGCUCAACGUCCACAUCCAGGUGGUGCACGACGGCCAUAAGAAGUAUAAGUGCGACCUGUGCGAGAAAGCCUUUGUCACUCCUUCAGUCCUCAAGAGCCACAAGAAGACACACACGGGGGAGAAGGAGAAGAUCUGCCCGUACUGUGGACAAAAGUUUGCCAGCAACGGCACGCUAAGGGUCCACAUCCGCAGCCAUACAGGUGAGCGUCCAUACCAGUGUCCCUACUGUGACAAAGCCUUCAGCAAGAAUGAUGGCCUGAAGAUGCACAUCCGCACACAUACUCGUGAGAAGCCGUAUAAAUGCAGCGAGUGCAACAAGGCCUUCAGCCAGAAAAGAGGACUGGACGAGCACAUGAGGACCCACACGGGAGAGAAACCUUUCCAAUGUGAUGUGUGUGACCUGUCAUUCAGCUUGAAGAAGAUGCUCAGCAGGCAUAAGCUCACACACAACCCUAACCGGCCCAUGGCAGAGUGCCAGCUGUGCCAUAAGAAGUUCACCAGGAACGACUACCUCAAAGUACAUAUGGAGAAUGUCCACGGGGAAACAGAGAGCUAGAGUCAAUUAUGGAACCACUGGUUGAACGAAAAUGUUAUCUGAUUCCCCAGAUUAAGUUCAUUCUCCUGCUUCAUGCUAGCAGCGUGGCCUAUACAUACUGUAUACGCAGAUGGAUAGAUAGCAGAAAGGUUAUGGCUAUUGAAGAUACAUACAUGUAGACAAUGGAAAACGUUUUGGCGACUGUUUUUAAAAUUGAAACAUGGGCUUUACAUUUGUAAUUCUGUUAUCAUAUUGUUUAGAUAUUGUUCUGUAUAUCUGCAGAAACAAAAUCACAGAUAUGUUUGCGCUCCCUCCAGAGCUGCCAUCGUGCCUGCUCUGUCGAACUUCUAACCAGUGUUACCGUUCAUACUGUUCCAGCCUGACCUCUACCACUGUAACGUUUACUGACCAACUGUCUGAACACCUUACUGUACACCUGUGGCCAGCUGCCAUGUGAACACUUUUGACCAAAGACCUUUUAGUGCACUUUUUCUUUGUUUACUAACUAACUACAUCUAUUUUGCCUGCACACUUUCUACAUGUUCACACCCUCCUGUUACAUUUGACACCUGCUCUUUUGGUGUCCAAACACAUUUCAUAAUCAAGCUCUGUUGAGCCCCAGAGCAUACAUCAAAACCAUGUUGCUCUAUUUAUUAUUUCAAAACAACAGGCAUUAAAACAGGAUGGCCGAACAGGAGGUGAAGAAGUGGAGCUCUGAAAACAGUAAUCCAACCAGCUACAAAAUGUGAAACAGCUCACAGACAAAGGUUUUAAUUUACAUGGUAGCCAGAGAGUGCAAACAUGACGUCCUCUGUCUUUCAUGCUCCUUUUUCUGAUCUACGAGGGCCCUCAUUUUUAAAAGUUCAGAAUUGCCCCGAGAAAAAUGGCUGAACGUUGUCAUGAAAGAUUCCCAUGCCAGAGUUUGCCUGCAAAAUUAGAUUUUUAGGUAUAAACGUUUAAAUUGUUGGAGUGACAUUACUAAGCUUAGAUGAAUGAGUUCAGCCUUUCCUUCCUUUCUUGUUUCCUUUUGGUGCUGAAAGUGUUACUGUUGCUGUGUCCCAAACUGUAUUAGGGACAGUAAGAAAAUCCGAUGUACUGUGUGUCUGUUGACUUCUCUUAAUGAUUCUCUUUUUGAGUAUGUUUGCAUAUGAAUGGCCUAGGGCUAUUGUGCCUUACAGUGUGUUUACGUUGUUCUCUCUUAAACCUUGUUCAAUACAGUAUUUCAUGUAUUUCAACUGAAGUACAGUUCUGUCUUUUAUUUCCAAACAUAUUUACAUCCUGAUUUACCGUCCCUUUGAUUACCGCACAUUUUCCUGCUGUUUGUUCUGCAUCAGCAGGCUGUGAAUUGUCACUUCACACUUUUGUAUUUUGAAAUGUAUAAAACCUCAUCACCUACCAAACAUCCAUUUCCUCUGCUCAUUCUAAUUAUGUGUUUGUGAACUGUUGACAUUGGAGGGGGGUGGUGCGAGGAAACGCUUUGAGAGUUGAUUAAAAGUGUUCUGUUCUCGUUGUUAAUCUAACCCCUAUUCUUGGGUUGGCAGUCUGCUGGGAGCGAAGGCUAAUUAAGGCUCCUUUUUUUUUCUGAGGCCACAGUCACCACUCGCCUGAUCUGUAAAGCCACACGCUAAAGGGUGCCUCUGAUGGUUUCUUUCUGUGGAUGCGGGAACUUUUUCUCACGUCCGUCCCCUGCAGAGGCUCUCUGGUAUCUCAGAACUGAACUCUGUGAGAACCUCGUGAGCGGUGAAGUGGGAGAGCUGUGAGUCCUUCUCAUCAUCGCUCUGUGAAGUUUGUCAAACGGAAUGCUGCUCAGAC